CAAACUGUCAUUUUCUUGAUCUGCAAAUCACCGACACCGAACAGAACACCGGUUUUACGGGGUCUCUUUCGGCAUCUUAUUUACCAAUUUAUUUCUUGAAAGAAUUGAAUAAAUUUCCAUGCGAUUAUUGAGUUUAAUUCUAUUAAAUAGAAGUACCAAGUUUAAAGCAUUUACCACCAAUCCCUACUGCCUUCAAGGGCUUCGCAAGAUGGUUACCGACAUUAAAUUCAAUGCAUCUCUAACCAAAUCCGAUCCGCAUGUAACACCAGUCCUUAUCAUCGGCCAACUGCGUCAUCUUAAUCUUCUCAAGUUUCCCGUAAUCGAAUGCAAACUUGCUCCGCGUGUCAACCAGGAAACAUUCAAGCAUGCUGUCUCAUCCCUUCAUCCAUCACCAACGGACUCGUGUUCGUUGUACUUGGACAUGGCAACCAUAGCCGCACUCCCCCUCAAAAGUUCUCGCCACAACACUAGCUCUCGUGCUCAUGCAAUCUCUAAUUUGGUUAAGAACAAAACAAUGAAUGUCAACGACACUGUUGUAAUUGUUUGCGAGCGUGCGGACGUAUUUGCAAGUGCUUGUGCCGUCGUUCGAGCCUUUCCAUUGUAUUCACGAAAAACUUCCAACAAUGGCUCCAACUCGAACCAUGAAAAAUCAAACAACACCGUUAGUAUUGAGUUUGUUGUCAUUGAAAAAGACGGCCAACUUGCCACAUCUGCAUUGUCUGCCGACGAUAUUGCCUGCAUGGAAGAAGCCGCACGAGGCAUCCGGUUGGCUGCCAAAAUAGUCGAUAUGCCAUGCAACGAAAUGAAUGUCAGCCACUUUAUCGAAGAGGUUAGAGUCAUUGCUAGUGAGCUCUCGCUGACUCCGCACAUCAUUCGUGGCGAGAAGUUACAAGAGCUGGGAUUUGGUGGCAUUUAUGGUGUGGGGAAGGCAGCGGCUGUGCCACCGGCUCUCGUUGUUCUCUCGCACGAACCGAAGGGGGCCAACGAAACAAUUGCGUUGGUGGGCAAAGGAAUUGUCUACGACACUGGUGGCUUGAGCAUCAAAGGCAAGACUGCAAUGCCUGGUAUGAAAAGGGAUUGCGGCGGUGCUGCAGCUAUUCUUGGUGCAUUUUAUGCGGCGGUUAAGUGCGGAUUCAAAGAGAAUUUGCAUGCAGUCUUUUGUUUGGCUGAAAACUCUGUCGGACCGAAUGCCACACGCCCAGAUGAUGUUCAUACACUGUAUUCUGGUCGUACAGUGGAAAUUAACAAUACGGAUGCUGAGGGACGUCUGGUCCUGGCCGACGGUGUAACCUAUGCACAAAAGGAUUUGAAGGCAAACAUCAUAUUGGAUAUGGCAACACUCACCGGAGCUCAGGGUAUAGCAACAGGCAAGUAUCAUGGUGCCAUUUUGACAAACUCAGAGGAUUGGGAGGUGAAAUCACUUGAAGCUGGACGCAAAUCUGGAGAUUUAUUAGCACCAAUAAUUUAUUGUCCUGAAUUGCAGUUUCCUGAAUUUACAUCGGCGAUAGCUGACAUGAAAAAUUCCGUCGCUGAUCGAAAUAAUGCACAAUCAUCGUGUGCUGGUCUUUUUGUUGCAGCUCAUAUUGGAUUUGAUUUCCCCGGAGUUUGGAUGCACGUAGAUAUGGCAACUCCAGUUCAUUGCGGCGAACGAGCGACUGGCUAUGGUGUAGCCUUACUGUUGGCCCUAUUUGGAAAUUAUACCAGCUGCUCGAUGUUGCAGUCCGUUGCUCCAGCAGAAUAUGAACCACCAUCGAAGCGCAUCUGUCGUGAUUAAUAAUUCAUUAACUUCGUUCAUCAUUGUAAAGUUUACGAAAUUAAAUCAAUUUCACUCUUUUGGAGUUUUGAAACGAAAUAUGAAACAAAACAAACGA